GUCGACGCUAGGAACUCGCCUCCGCCACCUGCGCAUCCCGCAGACCUGCCACACAUGCCGAGCUCACUUGUGCAAGAGAUUCUCUUAUUGUUGCCACCGAACGAAAUAGCAGUACAUGCCAGGCUCGUAGCAAAGGAGUAUAGGUCACUACCCGGCUUGGUGAGGCUUCGCGAGCCUGUGCCGCCCACCGCAUUCGCGGAGUGGGUUGCGCACAUCACAGGCAGAUGCAGCCGAGCAGAGCGUCUGGUGACGUUCGUGCUUGUAUGCUGCUCGGGCGUAUUAGAGAAUCUUGAAACCCUGUUGCGGGCUCGAUGGCCGAUGUCGCCUCGGUGCUACCACGCUGCGUGCGCGGCCGGCGAUGUCCACGUGCUUCGAUGGCUUCAACUAAACGGCUGCGCCAUCGACCGCGACGAGGAGCGGCGGCUGGUUCUCCGGACGGCUGCGUCUGGUGGCACGCUUGAGUCUCUGGUGUGGGUGGCUCGGUCGCUGGCAGAGCCCGGCAGUCUGCUGGAUGAGCGCGUGUUCGUUGCGGCGAUGCAGUCCCGCACGCAGCUGCAGGAGAAGGCGCUGUGGCUGCUUAACAACGGCUGCAGGUGGAGCAUUGCCACGGCAGUACCGGCAGCGGCGCAGGCCGGCAACGUACAGGCCCUUCAGCUGCUGCAGCUGCUGGGGGCCACUGCCGACGCCCCGCCGCCGCAGCCAGCGGCAGCGGCGGCGGCGGCGGCGGUAGCGGGCCAUGCGGCAGAGGUUGCCGGCGAAGCGGCAGGCCCGCCAGCGGCGGUGGCUGCUAUCAUUGGAGCCGCCGCCGCGCCAGCAGUUGCGGCGGCGGACCUCGCGCCCGCUGGCCCUGGCCCUGCGCCCGCCGCUGUUGCACCCGCCGCUGGGCCCGCUGCCGGGCCAGCUGCCGCCGCCGCCGCCGCUGCAGCCGCUGCAGCCGCUGCCACUGGCAGCAACGCCAGCCGCUUUCUGGAUUGCUUAGUGGAGGCGUGUGACCGGGCGGCGGGCGAGGGCCGCAUUGGGGACUUCAUUCAGCUGGAGGGACUCGCGCGCCAUGUGGCGGAGGCGGCGGCAUCUUGGGGAGGAAGCGGGGCGUCAGGCGCUGGGGCUGGGGCUGGGGCUGGGCCUGUGACUGGAGGACCGGGGGCUUUGGUCGCUGCGGACAGUGUGGCGGCGGCGCUGUGGCGGCGGCCGGUGCAGGACGUGGCGCGCGUGCUGUGCUCCGCCGCCAGCGGCCGGCAGCUGGCCAUGCUGCGCUGGCUGCUGGAAGUGCGGCGCCUGCCGCAGCUGCUGCUACAGCGCAGCCCGCCAGGUGGCGGCGGCGCCGGCGGCGGCGCUGGCGGCGGCUCCGUUGGCAGCAGCGGCGGCGACAGGCUGUGCCACGUCGCGUCGCUUUUGCUGCUGGCCGCGGCGUCGGGCGGAGACGUGCGUGUACUGACGUAUGUCAUUGGCUGCGACCUGGUGUGGAUGUCAGACCCGGAGCUGCGAGGCAGUGGUGCCGCUGGCGGCGGCGGUGGUUGGGCAGAGGCGGCGGGCGUGGCGGGGGCUGAGGGCGGCGGCAGGCGGCCGGAGACGCGGCGGCCGGGCCAGUUGCUGGAGCAGGCGCUCGUGGAGGCGGCGCAGCAGGGGCGGGCGGCGGCGGUGCGGCUGCUGGUGGCGCGACUGCAGGUGACGGCCCUGCCGCAGGCGCUGAGGGAGCGGGUGACGGAGCUGGUUGCGGCGUUGGGCGUGCGGGAGCCAGACGAGGACACGGCAGCGCUGGGUGAGGCGGGACCGGCGGCGGCUGACGCGCAGCAGCAUCAGGCUGUAGGAGCAGCAGGCGGUGCCGCCGGCGCAGAAAGCAUGCUGAUCGACAGCGGCCCGGACGCUGUGGAACGGCUCCGCCGCGGCAGUCGUGGCCGCGGCAGCAGCAGCUCGACACAAAGCGGCUCUAGCAGCGACAGCAGCGACGGCAGCAGCGGCAGCAGCAGCGUGGGCGGAGGCCGGCGGCUCUGGAGCCGGGCAGGCAUGCUGCGCUGGCUGCACCGGCGUGGCUUCCCCAUCGGGCCCAGGUGUAUUAUCUCCUGCCUGCGGGCCGGCGACGUGGAAGCUGCUGACGUGGCGGCGGCGGUUGCGCCGCCGCCCGCCUUCCACGCUGGCGUGAUGGAGGCUGCGCUGCGUGCCGCCGCGGCGGACGCCAGCGCCUGGCAGCUUAGCCUGAUGCAGCCGGCGGCGGCGUUCGGGCCGCACCGCCGCAGCUUCUUGCGGCGGCACGGCCGCGGUGGCGGGCCCUGGCAGCAGGCUUGGCACGGCGGGGCUGGCGGCGGCAGGGGCGGGUCGGGUCGGCUGCGUGUGGUGGGUCAGCCCGCUGGGAGGGGUGCACAGGGCUGUGGUGGCAGCGGCUCUGCAGUGGCGGUGCUGAAGUGGCUGCACGCGCAUGGCUGCCCCAUCCCUGGAGGCACGAGUCUGAUGGCGGCGGCGGUGCAAGCCGGGGAGCUGGAGGCGGCGGCUUGGCUGCACGACAUGCGCUGCCCGCUGGACGAGUCCGUGUUCUACGCCGCCGCAGAGGCCGGCCACGGCGCCGCCCUGGAGUGGCUGGCCGGCCCGCCCGCCGCCCGCUGCCCUACAUGUCCCAUCCCGCCGCCCGGCCGCCCGCGCGACGGCAGCCCCGCCUACGUCCGCGCGCUGAGGCAGUCGCCCGGCGGUCCGGACUGGAUUACAUUGGAGGCCCUGCGGCGGCUGGGGUGCCCCAUGGGGAGCGGCUCGGAGCUGCUGCAGGCGUGCCGCGUGCUGGCGGCCGGCGGCGACACGGCUGGCGCGGUGGAGGCGGCGCUGUGGCUGGCGGCGAGCGGUUGCCCCUUCGGCGCCGCGGAUGCCUGGUCCCUGGCGGAGGCCUGCCAGCGGCCCGACCUGGUGCCACGCCUGGCCGCCGCCGCCGCCGCCGCCCGGCCUGCCGCCCAGCAGCAGCAGCAGCAGCAGCAGCAGCAGCAGCAGCAGCAGCAGCAAACGCCGGCGUGAGGGCCUGUAGCCCCGUGGCGGGCCCCCGUGGUGGGUCCCCGCGGCGGGCGUCGUGGCGCCUGGGUGGCGGCGUGCGACUGAGGCUGCCAGUGCAGGUAGAGGUGCAGCCCUGAGAUGGUGGUGGCGGCUGGCGCAGCGUAUCCCGGGGGGGUGGGGGAUGCCGUGUGCGCAGGUGCCUGAGCAUGCGUGUGUGCACGUAGACACUUCGGGCACUGGAAAGUAGCUUUGACUGGAAGUUUGAGCAUUGCUGCUAUGGCGUAUGGCAACGCGGAGUCUUAUCGAUUUCGAAGCUGCCGGCAUGUGGCACGCACGAUAAAGCAGGAGUAAUGGGCUGUCGGGUGAGCAACUAAUAACGCAGGUGGGAGGGCCGCAAUGGAUUCCACGCUGUCUGUUGGAGUGGACCGUAUGUAGAUGAGAGAUAAUUCCUGAGAGCUGGUGAGCCGAAGAGGGCAUGGCGCUGUGUGGCAAGGCGGCAGUUUAGCAGUGGAUGGAUAGGUAGGCGGACAGAAGGCCAGCCCUACUGCCUAGCGGGCAAGGAGAAGCGCGGUGUGUGGGCAGCACACAAAGUCACAAAGAGAGCCUCCGCCGCACCUGCCCCUUCUGAGCUUCCGUGCGUGAGGACCUCGCCGCCUCCCUGGGCGUACCGUGCCGGUGUGCCGGUACGUCGUACAUCGGGCAACGACUAUUGCUGUGACAAGUGUGACGCGGUUACCAGCGGUGGCCAGCAGCCCCCCAUUCCCCCCAACACAGCUUUUGGCGGCAUCAAAUCACGCACACAGGACUUGUGCAUGAUACUGCGGCUGGCCACGUGGUGGUUCGCGGCACAGACGCACAGUAUGGGCGCGCCACACCACACUUUUCACGUCAGAGGCCACCGAGGCGCUGACCCGUCUCAGCUUGUGGCACAUGGAAAGGUGUACCAAGUUUGCCAUGUGCCGCGGUAGCCCGCUUUUGCGCUUGACUUUCGAGCAACGUACCCGGUGCGGCCCUCACUCUGGGGGCGAUCUGGAACGCAGACGAAUUCGGCUCAAUCAAACUUCUUGCUGCUUUAUAUACGGGAACCCGCGGGACUGCGGACAGAUCGACUGCGACGGUUUAACGCAAGGGAGGUUGAAUGCCCCCACUGCUCGGUCCCGCCGCGGGCAGGCACGCUUUCACGGUCGCGCUUGGGCCCGUUUCCACAAAACUGAAUUACCGCCCUAUUUAGGCAUUAACAAGAAAGGAUCCUGGAGAUUUUGCGCACUGCCGGUCACGCUGAGGUGUCGACGUAAGUGUGAGCGAGAAAGGGCCGGGCGCUGACCCGCAACUGUUUACCCGGGUUUACCCGCCUCGCCUCUCCGCCGCCUCCCAUUAACCGUAUGCUAUAGCAAUCAGGUAUUAUUACACAUGCAGGCUCAAAAUGCAGAAGUACAGAGGGCUUGCGAGGAUGAUGGUGGGUAAUUUCUGAUUUCUAAUGCAGGGCGGUUUGCCGCCCGUCUCAGCCAACUGACCCCGCCG